AUGCCCACUUUACAGCCGAGGAAAACUCGGCAGGAGUCCGGUGACAUGCCCAAGGUCACACAGCCAGAUACAAAGAUGAAAACAAACCAGUCUCCGGCCUUCCAGGAGCUUACAGUCUGCCUGAGGAGACAAGGGUCCGGCACCAGGGGAAACUCAGCUUGGAGACCCUGGGGAGCCCUGAACAAGAUGGCAAAGGGCCCAGUCCCUGCUUCUCUCCCGGGCUCCCCGCUAGGAGGAUCAGCUGGCUGGCCCCGAGGCGGCACGCUCAGAGGCGUCGGAGCACACCCGGCUCGGGCAGCCCCAAGAGGCCCAGGCCCCGCCCCUAGCCGGCUCUCUGCGGGCCGGGGACACACGCAUGCGCACAAUGCGCCCAGCGAACCCCGGGGGCGGGGUCAGGAGAAAGCUCAGCGCCCGGGGCCCUCCGCGCGUGCGCAGCUCGGUGCAGGGGUGCGCCGGAAGUGCUUCUGCUCGGGAGCCGCGGCGCGCCGGAAGUACGUGUCAACGUGCCGGAAGUGCGCGGCGCGGCGCGCCCCUGCGGACAUGGCGGCGGAGACGCCUCGGACCCGGGCCGCUCCCGGGCCACAGAGGCUGGUGCGGCUGCUGCUGCUCCUCGCGGCCGCCGCCAUGCCGCCGGGCCGGGCCCAGGGAGACGAGUUCCGGCCCGGCCAGUGGGGGGCGGCGGCGGGGGGCGCGGCGGCCGCGGCGCGGGGGCGCAGGUACCUCCUGUACGACGUGAACCCCCCCGAAGGCUUCAACCUGCGCCGGGACGUCUACAUCCGCGUCGCGUCCCUCCUGAAGACCCUGCUGAAGAGCGAGCAGUGGGCGCUGGUCCUCCCGCCCUGGGGCCGCCUCUAUCACUGGCAGAGCCCCGACAUCCGCCAGGCCCGCAUCCCGUGGGCCCACUUCUUUGACCUUCCGAGUCUCAGUAAAAACGUCCCUGUAAUCGAGUACGAGCAGUUCAUUGCAGAAUCAGGCGGCCCUUUUAUCGAGCAGGUGUAUGUCCUGCAGAGUUAUGCAGAAGGCUGGAAAGAGGGGACCUGGGAGGAGAAGAUUGAUGAGCGGCCGUGCAUCGAUCAGCUCCUGUACUCCCGGGACAAACACAACUAUUAUCGAGGAUGGUUCUGGGGCUAUGAAGAAACAAGAGGUUUGAGUGUAUCUUGUCUGUCCGUCCAAGGCUCCGCGUCCAUCGUCGCCCCAGUGCUUUUGAAGAACACGUCAGCCCGAUCAGUGAUGUUAGACAGAGCCGAAAACCUCCUUCACGACCACUAUGGAGGCAAAGAAUAUUGGGACACCCGUCGGAGUAUGGUGUUUGCCAAACACCUUCGUGUGGUGGGAGACGAUUUCAGAAGCAAGUACUUGAACUCCACCAAUGACGCGGACAAGAUAGCUUACAGUGAAGACUGGACAAAGAUGAAGGUCAAGCUGGGCACCUCCCUGGGUGGUCCUUACCUCGGAGUGCACCUCAGAAGGAAGGAUUUUAUCUGGGGUCAUAGAGAAGACGUGCCCAGUCUGCAGGGAGCAGUGAAGACCAUCCGGAGCCUGAUGGAGACCCACAAGCUGGACAGAGUGUUUGUAGCGACCGAUGCCGUUAGAAAGGAAUGUGAGGAGCUCAAGAGGCUGCUUCCUGAAAUGGUGAGGUUUGAGCCCACCUGGGAGGAGCUGGAGCUCUACAAAGAUGGCGGCGUAGCCAUCAUCGACCAGUGGAUCUGUAGCCAUGCCCGAUUCUUUAUUGGCACCUCUGUGUCCACCUUCUCCUUUCGGAUUCAUGAGGAGAGAGAAAUUCUGGGCCUGGACCCCAAAGCGACUUACAACCGAUUUUGUGGGGACCAGGAACAGCAGUGUGAACAGCCCACCCACUGGAAGAUUGCCUACUGAGGGCAUGCCUUUCCUGCGCUUAGCACCUGCCCCCAGGCCCAGGAGCACCUUGUGUCCAUUGCAGCGCCCCCUGCCUGUGCCCUGGACGCUGGCUUGAGAGGCCCGGUGUGGCCGGCUUCGCGGCCAGCCCCAGGGAGGGCAGACGCCCCUGGAGAGGAACCGUGGGGCUGGAUGUAAAUGGAAUCACUGCUGGAGAGCCAGUGCUAUGCUCGGCGGGGUGUCGGCUCUGGGCUGCGCUCCCUCGGACUCUGUUUACAGGACGGGCUUUGUCUGGAGCCAUCGAUGUAAGGCCCGGUCAGCACGUUUCAGUGAGAAGGGUUCUGAGGUCCAAGGGGACGUCGUUUGGGACGGUUUUCACAAGCCUUUUGUCCAGUUUUGAAAUCAUGGUUUAAUCCAGAUCCCUCCCCUGAGGCCAGGCCAAGGGCCCACUUGUGGGCACCACAGAGCUGACCAAAGAGUGUUUAUUCUCCCCUGUAGUAAAGGAGACGAAAGUCAAGUCAGGUAGGCCCCAGAACAGCCCUGCUGGGCUUUGGGAGGGUGGACGAAGGCUCCACCAUUUGCUUCCCUGAAUAAUGUGGACCUGGGGUCUCCCCUGAGCAGCCCCCCCGAGGGCGGAUUCUGAACCUUGGUGGUUCUGUUCUAAUUUGGUUUGUCCUGUCCAGGGAGAAGAGAAUUCCUUCUCCGAAUUCGUGUCUCCCUAAGGAGCCAGUACUGCUCACUCACGCCCCAAGCCCAGCCUCCAGGGGCUUCUUCUGCAGCUGUCCAAUGGUGGGAAAGAGCCAAGGCCAAGGUGGACUGUUACUUUUAACAUUGUUUUAGCUGAACUUUUUCCCCUCCUGGUCCCAUUGCCUGUGAUCCUAGUAGGUAGAAUAGUACCCAUCAACUUCAAAAGAUACACCUUAGACAAGAUAUUGGCAGAUUCACUGAAUUUUUUGGGUCUGUAUUUUUUUAAAAAAUCAUUUUUCUAGGUCUUUCCAACACUGCCCCCAUUAGGAGUAGUUUUACCAAAGAAAAUAUGGGGCUGUACCAUGGGCUUGAGGUGGAGGGGCAGAAGGAGUGGCCUCGGCCCUACCAUGGAGGCCUGGGGUUCAUCCCUUUCCUGGGACGUACGAUCUUCUCUCACGAAACCUCCCCUGCUGGACAGAUGAUUUAAAGAUGACCUCCUCGUCCCAGUUCUUGGGAGGACGUGUGUCAGCAGAGAAGAUCAGGUGAGCCUGCAAUCGCUGCUCGCACAGACUGUCUGCUGCCCCCUCUAAUCAGGCUAGCGAUGGUGUGUGGCCUCUGGCCCAACCCUGAGCAGGAGCACCUGGGCCCAGGUCCUGGGGAACCCUGUGACCUUGUCACUCAGGCAUGCGUUGUCCUUCAUUCAGCCUGCUUUUUAAAGACCCUUCCCCUCCUUCUGACUUCUAAUGGAAAAAAGAUGGUGCUCUCCUCCACACCCAGGGCCAUGUGGAGCACUAGCAGAAGAUUGAUUUUUUUUCCACAUGUAAAGUCAAGUAUUACGAAUAAAAUGAAGUUUCCAGGAAGCUUGUGGCCUGCAGAUGGUGCCUUUUUAUACAUUGGACCUUUUUUUAGCCUAAGACCUAUGCAGUAAGUUGUGGAAUUCAGCUGUGUGCCUCCUAUUUCUAAGGACAAUAAAAUGCUUUGUAGUA